ACCAUAGUGAGGGAGUCGGAGUUGAGGAAAAGAAAAAAGUUAGCCAGGCAUCACAAAGAAGGCAGCGUUCAGUUCAUCAACAUCAGAGCAUUUCAUUUUUGAUCGUCGCUGAGGAACUGGUUGGGGGACUGAUGAUACGCUCUGAAUAAAUUGGCUUCAAGUUAACAGGUCUGUUUCAAACUUGGAAAGAUGCAUUUUUGCACGACGUGGUCCGUUGCGCUCCUGCUGCCUCUGCUAAUAUCAGCACAGUAUCAAGGGGACCACGGAAUAGUGGUGCCGGAGCAUGGAUUUUGCCAGCCGAUUUCGAUACCUCUAUGUACGGACAUAGCCUAUAACCAAACCAUCAUGCCUAACUUAGUGGGACAUUACAACCAGGAGGACGCAGGGCUCGAGGUGCACCAGUUUUACCCCCUUGUGAAGGUACAGUGCUCUCCGGAGCUGAAGUUUUUUCUGUGCUCCAUGUAUGCGCCUGUGUGCACAGUCCUGGAGAAAGCCAUUCCGCCCUGCAGGUCAAUCUGCGAGAGGGCCAAGCAGGGCUGCGAGGCUCUCAUGAACAAGUUUGGUUUUCAGUGGCCGGACCGAUUGCGAUGUGAGAACUUCCCAGUUCUGGGAAAUGGACAAAUCUGCGUGGGCCAAAACAACUCUGACCCCACCAUCCCUCCCAUCAUGGCUGUCCCGGGGACCCAGGACCCCCCUAUAGUCUCCUCGCGCGAGAAGCCGUUCCGGUGUCCAUCAGUUCUCCAAGUGCCCCCGUAUUUGAAUUACACUUUUUUAAAUGAGAAGGACUGUGCGGCUCCAUGUGAGUCGUCAAGGAGCGGCGGGAAUAUGUUUUUUAGCAAUAGAGAGAUUCACUUCUCUCGCAUAUGGAUCCUGGUCUGGUCUGUGCUUUGUUGUGCGUCUACGUUAUUCACAGUAACCACAUAUUUGGUUGACAUGCAACGCUUCAGAUACCCCGAGCGACCUAUCAUUUUCCUGUCUGGCUGCUACACCAUGGUAUCUAUAGCAUACAUAGCUGGCUACUUCCUCGGGGACAGGGUGGUGUGCAAUGACAGCUUCAACCCCGAUGGCUAUAAGACCAUUGUCCAAGGCACCAAAAAGGAAGGCUGCACCAUCCUCUUCAUGAUGCUCUAUUUCUUCAGCAUGGCCAGCUCCAUCUGGUGGGUCAUCCUGUCCCUCACCUGGUUCCUGGCAGCAGGUAUGAAGUGGGGUCACGAAGCCAUCGAGGCCAACUCACAGUACUUUCACCUGGCAGCCUGGGCAGUGCCGGCCGUCAAGACCAUCAGCAUCCUGGCCAUCGGGCAGAUCGAAGGCGAUGUGCUCAGCGGUGUCUGCUUCGUGAGUCUCAGCAACCUGGAUCCGCUACGGGGCUUCGUCUUGGCCCCUCUCUUCAUUUAUCUCUUCAUCGGCACCUCCUUCCUGCUGGCCGGCUUUGUGUCGCUGUUCAGAAUCCGCACCAUCAUGAAACACGACGGCACCAAGACGGAGAAGCUGGAGAGGCUGAUGGUGCGGAUAGGAGUGUUCAGCGUGCUCUACACCGUCCCCGCCACUAUCGUUAUCGCCUGCUUCUUCUACGAGCAGGCCUUUCGGCCACACUGGGAGCGGAGCUGGGUCAGUCACAACUGCAGGAGCCUGGCCAUUCCCUGCCCCGUGCAGGCUGGACCCCACAUGACCCCGGACUUCACCGUCUACAUGAUUAAAUACCUGAUGACACUGAUAGUGGGCAUUACUUCUGGUUUCUGGAUCUGGUCUGGAAAGACUCUACACUCCUGGCAUAAGUUCUACACAAGGCUCACUUAUGGCAAGCAGGGAGAGACCACUGUGUAGUUGAAAGGGACAUCCAAAUGUCCUGGCACUACUUUUGCUGUGUUUUAUUACCUGCUCCUUAUGUGAUAGGUGAGUAGGACAGUGAAUAGCUACAGGUUUUUACAGCAGUGGCAUUUGCCUCGGCUUCAUAGUCACACUUGCAUGCCAAAAUGAGGGUUAGGCUUUGACAGGAUAAGUUGGAUAAACACAGACUGAACCUGACGGUCUGAACAAACAACAAUCAUGGCUAUGGAUGUCAUGUGCUGAGAAGCUCUCCCCGCUCUCUUUGGCUCUUCUCUUAAAGCCGCCAUAAACUCCCAACAGAGCGAGGAUCCAAUAGGCGAGAAGACAAGGAACGAGCUGUGGAAAAAAGACUGUUUUGCUGUCUCUCUGUAAAGAUUCCAUAUACAAUUAAAUUACAUUGUAAAUAGUAUUUGUAAAGACAUAAAAUUAUAUAUUUGUAUUUAAAUCUGUCAAUGUACCUACUUUACUUUUGCACUGUAAAUAUGCAAUGAACUGACUUUUUUUGUUUGUUUUUUUUUGUAAUUCCUACUUAUAUAUGUCAUGUUUUUAUGACAACAGUGUCUACAUUUCAAUCUUCUGGAUGAUUUACAGUUUUUUUUUUUGGCACACUACUUUGUUACAGUAUCUCUUCCUUAACAAAAAACACAUGCUGAGUCUCUGCAGAAUGAAUCUUCAACCGCUGUGUCAAAGGUUUGAUUUUUUUUUUUUUUUUUUUUAAUUUGUAGUUAAGGCGGAAACUUGUGUUUCCAAUGUUUUGCCUCACCAUAUGUUCAGUAUUCUUUUUUUAUAAUUAAAUUUUCUUGGUAACUAA